ACAGAAAAACCCUAAACUAGACCCUCUUCUCUAGUUCAUUCCCUCUCGGCUAACGACCACCAAAUAGUAAAUACUACUAGCGCACCUAAACUUGGCCUCUCCCUCCCCACGCCGACGCCGGCGCAAGAAAAUUGUUCUGUCUCCUUUAUCAUAUCCUGUUCUUCCCGACACCACGCAGCAGGGCGACACCCACGCGGCAUUUCGCUUUUUCUCCCUAUCAAGUAUUGCGCCGACACUGAUUGGUAAAUUUCACUGAAAAUGGUGGUGAGGAUUCGAUUGGCCCGGUUCGGAUGCAAGAACAAGCCAUUUUAUCGGGUCAUGGCGGCUGAUAGCAGGUCUCCUAGAGACGGCAAGCACCUUGAAGUUCUUGGUUAUUACAAUCCCUUACCAGGCCAAGAUGGUGGUAAACGGAUGGGUAUAAAUUUCGAAAGGGUUAAGUACUGGCUGUCUGUUGGUGCUCAGCCUUCAGACCCUGCUCAGCGCAUUCUUUUUCGAGCAGGGUUAUUACCACCACCACCAAUGGUGGCAAUGGGACGAAAAGGUGGUCAACGGGACACACGCCCUGUAGAUCCUUUGAGCGGGCGGUUUACAUCAGUAAAGGUUCCAGCUAAUCCUGAUCAAGAGAAGGACUCCGGAAGCCCUGAAAAUGGUGGUAAAGAUGGUGCUACUACUACAUAAAUUCUCAACUAUUUUGAAGAUAUUCUGUUUUGAAAAUACUCUCUUCAUCUUAGGAGUGUAAUUUAUAUUUGAUUACAGAACAAGCCACUUGGUUUUCCUCCAAACCAUGAAAAUAACUAGCAUUACUUGGAGACAGCAGCGGCUUGUUGUGACUACAUGAGCCAUCUUUCCUACUUAGUACUACCUUUGUAUUGAUUGUUGAACUUUCUGUUUGUUCCAUCCAAUUUCGUCGGCCAUCUUACACGAGCAAAUUUGCAUAUCAUGACAAUUUCUCAUAAUUUGCAUCAGUGUUCAUGGAAAAAGAUUGUCGCUCUAGUUUUGUUAUUACAACAUUAACAAUAAUAACACACUUCUGAAUUUCGGAUUGGAUCCA